CUUCCUUGUUGUGAGGAAAGAGCAUCUCGCGAACAGGAUAAGGAAACGGUGAAAUGAUAACGGUACUCUAGCGCUUUCUCUUUCCUCGGUCACUUUUAAACAAUGAGCAACGCAGGUGUUUAACGCUUGGAGUCCAUUACGCAGGAUGCAAGGUGCUAUCGCACGGGUUUGCGUGGUGGUAGCCGCUGCCAUUCUCAACCACCCUUUCCUCUUCCCCAAUGAGAACACCACCAUCCCUGAGGAAGAUGAUGUCCUCCUGGCCAGGAUGAGAGAGCAUCAGGAGAAGCUGGAGGCUGAAAAGGAGCGUCUGGAACAGGAGAUCUUUAAAUCCGAACAGACUUGUGAUCAGGAACCAGAAAGCUAUGGCUGGUACUUUUGGAGCGCCCUCUGCCUUGUCAUUUUCCUAACAAUUGAGGUUUGCAGGCAGGAUAUGGUGCCUGCUGAAAUUUCUGACCCUGCUGAAGAUGAGGAUGGAUAUUUUAGUGCUGGAUUUCUAAGUGCUAAGGCUAUCACUUUAGAUAAAGGUGUCCUAAAUAACUUUUGCAAGACCCGCUUUCAUUCCUUCGUUCAUGAGAGAGCAAGGGUGCAGGAAUUUGUCGAGGGCUUUGCGGAUGAUUUGUUAGAUGCUUUGAAAAGUGUUUGUGAUGGAGAGACUGACAUGGAGGUUGAGGAUUUUGUAGGCAUAGGUAGCAUGUUUGAGUCCUGGAGGGUUUCUAAGCCUCCCACGGUUGACCUCAUCGUGCCAUUUUUGUCACCCCAGCCGUACAGGUUUCAGUUUGAGUUCUGGUGUGAUCCCGUCACUGACAUCCAAUUAGACCUGCAAGGAUGUGUAAAGAUUAAACUAACAAAGCCAAAUGGGAAUGGCGCAAACUGUCUUUGUGGCUCAGCCAAUCUCGGUGAUGAUAUGCUGUGUCUGCUUCACAAUAGAAAUAACUGUGAGGCGGCUGAUGAUGACGGGUUGGAGGAAGUCUUUUGUGAAAGGGACACCACUAAUUUGUCAAAAGAUCGGAUUAUGAGAUGGUUUCAGAUUUCAGUGACCAAAGCAUGGGGACAGAUCUCUCAUAAGUAUGAGUUUGAGCUGGCAUUUCAGAACCUAGAUGUCCCUGGGGCACUAAAAAUCAAAUUCAGAUCUGGAAAAACUGUCUUUCUUAAUGUUACCCCUGCUGUUCAAUUUGAAAACACUGAUGCGUAUCUUAUAUCUCACUUUCCAUCCAAUGCUACUAGUAACCCCUCAGACACUCAUUGGGACCUCUCACUGGCUGUUUAUGAAAGAAACCUACUUAAACACCUGGCUAAAAAACUUCCUAUAAACUCUUGUCACAUUCACUGUCUUCAGAUAGUGUCUUUCUUAAAUGAAAAGCAGACUGCUUUGACUGGGAGAAGUGCCCUUACGAAUUAUCACAUAAAGACCGCAGUAUUACACCUGCUGUUGAGCAAACCUCCUUCAUUAUGGAAGCCACAAAAUCUUGAUCACAGAUUGCGAGAUUUGCUCAGUUUCAUUCAGCAAAGCCUGGAGGAAAAGAGACUCUACCACGUUAUUGUCGGGAACCCUCGCGUACCUGUUGAAAUUCAGAUUCCCGAAAUCUUCCGUACUGCUGAACCAAUAAACCUGUUUAGACCUCUUGUGUUGCAAAGGCAAAUCUAUGAGAAAAUGGUGGAGCAUUUUCAAGAGAUGAUUAGAAAUACCUCCGUCCUCGUUCAAGAAUAUACCACUCACUUCCCCAACGGUCACGUGGGUAACAAAUUCAGCCCGAACCCAGAUGUAAUCUGACUCAUUGCUCUGAUCUGGCUACGAGUUGCAUUUUGCACCUUAAAUGUAAAUAGCAUAUUAAAGCACUGACUGUUACUAACGCAUGGUAACAUUUGGGUUAUGUAUGUCUGGCAGCUGUUCCUAUAGGAACCUUUUUACUGAAGAACCAUGGGUAAUAAUUACAAACAAGAUUUGAAUAUUUGUUAUGUCUUGUUUUGUUAAACAUAUUUAAUCACAGUACUUAGCAGUAUUAUUAUGAAUUAUCUGUCUGCUGAUUUUUUUAAACUGUUACGUUUAUAAGGAAUAUACAUUAAAAUAGAGUUUUUACAAGAA